UGCUCCAGGGCUUCAACAGGGACCGGCAGGGCUUCCUGAACAAAGACAUCCCCUGCCAUGGAGGCAGGUUCAUUUCUGGCUCUCCAGCAGGACAGAGCAGACCUCCUAGCUGCUCUGGAGAGACAGAGCCCCCCUGGGGACCUUGUCUUGGCUCGAGGAGAUGAGAAGACUCCCAAGGGGCAGGAUGCAGAGUCUUAUCCCAGGCAGGGCCCUCCCCAAGUGCACAUCGGGGCAGCCCUGCCUGACAGGAAUGACUCGGAGGAAAUUAUCACCUACAUCUCCGAAAACACAACUGUGACUUCAGCUGAUGAGGAGAAGCUGCUGCUUCUCAACAGGAAUACAGAACUGCGUCGCAUCAACAUGGAGCUGAUAAAGCUUAACAAAGACUGGGACUACAUCUACCAUUCCACCAGCCUGGGGUUGCAGCACAAAGUGGAUGCCCUGCAGGAGAAGGUGGCUGCGCUCAAGCUGCAAGCACAGAGCCUCUCUGCAAAGCUAGAACAUGAGCAGAACAAGAAGGAGUAUUAUGAACAAGCCCUCUUCCAGGAACUGAAGAGGAGCCAGGCGUUACAGGAAUAUGUGAGGCACCUGGAAGGCAGACAGUUUUCCAGCCAGGACAGGCAGCCAGCACCGAGUCAGACCAUUUCAUCCCAGUCAGCUCCAUAA